AUGGAAUCGGAGAUAAUCCAACAUAUUAUGGUGAAAGGUGGAGAGAAAGUGUUGCCUAACGUUAAUGAGGAUGCUUCAACAAGUCACGAUGCUGGAGGAAACGUGCAAAUUGAAGCAAAUCCGAAAAAUUUCCUAAGUGUUGAAGAAAGGAUCAAAGCUCUUCAAUUGGAAAUAUCGAAGUUAAGGAGUACUAGUAGUUUAACAACCACCACAACUAGAGAAAAAGAAGAAAAAACCCCAGAAAAACUUUUUGAAAGAUAUUCCCCGGCCAAUGACGAAGUAAUGCAAGAUGUACAACCAGAUAAUAUAGAUAAUACAUUAUCUGAACCAGAAAAACCCAUAAUCAAAUCAAACGAUGCAAAUUCUGAGGAAAAACUUGAAAUCCCGGAAAAUAACCAUAAUGAAGAGAAACAACCUGACGAAAUAGUUACUACAGCUAUCAUAGAUCCUAUCACUACCAACAUUGCUGAGUUAUCGGCAGAUAAAGAUACAGAUCUCCCUCUCAAAAGUGGGAACCCACAAGCCAGUAGCCAAGAAACCGAUGAUCCAGAGUACCAAGACAAAGAAAAUCCUCGCAAUACCGAAAUUAAAUCCGAAAUGGCUGAGAAUGAAAAACCGCAAAAAAUGCCAGAUACAAAAGAAGAAGAAUCACAACAAAACCAUGAGGAAACCAAUGCAAACCAUGCAGAAGAUGAUAAUCCAUGCUCAGAGCAAGCCAAUGAGCCCGUUCCAACAAAAGAUGAGAUUCCUACCGAAGAUAUCAAGGAAACAUGGGAUGAAACAGAGAGUUCCAAGGACAUAGAUGAUGCCAGAUCUAAUAUGAAAUGUUCAAUUUCUGCAGAUGAAUCUGAAUUUGUUCCUGUCAGCCAGAUGCAUUUGGUGCUUCACAGUAUCAAGGAAGGAACAUCACUAAUGAAUGAAAUCCUCAAUCAGCUCAAAAGAGCUAAUGAUAUUCUUAUCUCUUCUUUUUCAAAUUGA